UUUAUGUGUUUUUAUAAAAUAAAUACGUUUGUUGUCUCCCAGUGAACAGUCUGCAUGUUGGGUGUUAAAGAAACCAGAAUGGACACGUAUAAUUUGCAGUGGCGUAUUCUUGGAAUGGUUAUAUUUCUGUGGACUGAAGCAAAUGCCCAGUGCAUGACUUUGCUGGCACACAGUCAGUCAGUUGGAGGCAGACGAAUGCCCGGUAUAGACAGUCUGGUGGAUUGCGCAGAGCACUGCCUCUCAGACUUGCUGUGCCACAGCGUGGAUUUCAACAAACAGGACAGCAGCUGCUGGAUUCACGACAGAUGGCGCCCAGUGAGACGAGCAAACUGCCCGUGUCACCACUUGGAAAAAGUCUUACAGUGUAAACAAGCAGCCCCUGAAUGCUACAGCAUUGUCAACAAGAAGACUAUAUACUAUGGUACAAAACGGACAACAGCCUCGGGGAUUUCGUGUCAGAGGUGGGACAAGCAGACUCCUCACAAGCACAGCAAAAACAACGCUACCGACUUCCCAGAUGCCUCGUUGGCUGCAGUAGAGAACUUCUGCCGCGACCCUGACGGUGAAGGUUACCCGUGGUGCUACACUGAAGAUCCGCGAAUUAGAUGGAGUAGUUGCGGCGUUCCGUCCUGUACAGGACCAUUUAGAAUGAAACUGGUAACUGACGCUAUUGGCCAGACGACAACCGUGCAGCAUGUAUCCACUCCGUCGACUUCACCCGCCACAAUUCAGACUAAACAUGAGAUGAACUUUGAUGACGGAGAAAAGGUACAUGCGUCCUGCAACAAUUCACGUGCUUUUCCUGAGACGGGCACUGUGGUGAUCGGCUGUAUUGCAUCUGUAGCUUUUGUUAUUUCCGCCACUUUACUCAUCAUGCGGUUUCGUUCUUGCAAAAACUGCGAAGAAUAUUUGCCUCACUUGAAAAGACGUUCUAAAGACAAUUCGGAAAAUGUUAACAUGUCAUGUUAUUCUGUUUUUAAAUAAUCCACUCUCCUAUGCUAUAUAUUUUAAUAAAAUAUAACAUUUCGUUGCUUUAAUGUAAAUAAUAUUUUUCAUGUAUACAUAUUUACCUUUGUUAGACACCCAGUAGCAGGCCCAUAGGAACCGGGGGAGGAGACACGCCCCUCCCUAAGCGAGAAAGAAAAUGUAAAAAAUCCUACUCUUCUAUAAAUAAAGAUACAAAUAUGAAUUACGCUCCCAUUAGAGAUUGCCCCCCCCCCCCCCC